AAGCGGUCCUCAACUCACGCCUUCUGUCACCGGUUUUUAAAAAAUUGAGGAGCCCACACACACCUUUUUACCUAAGAACCCUUUUACAUCUCGCGUUAUUGCUGCUCUAAGGACUCUAGUGAGGUUGAGGCUGACGACGUCAACUGGAAUGGGCCUCUUAUUCAUGAUUCUUCACCUUCUUCUCAUAAUUAGUUAAGAAGUUGUAAUUUGAGGCUAUUUUAUGAAGGCCUUAGAACCAGUGCCAUGCCUAGGUGUUUGGAAGCCUAAGGCUAGAGUAAAAACACUUCUCGGUUACUAUUAUUAGUUUAAGUAACUCAUAAACAUCAAAUAAAUUUUUUUAGAAAAAAUUAACAUUCAACUUAUAUGUAUGUCACUAACAAUACUAUACAGUGGGUAUGAGUUGGAAUGUGAACCUUCAGGAAAUGUGAACCUUCAGGACAGCUUGCCCGAGAAACGGAUAUGAAAGAUUGGCCAUUGAGUAAAUACCAUAAAACAUUCUUAGCUUUGCGUUUCUAGCAAGUAAACUACAUUGAGCAAAGUGAAAUUUUAAAUCAUUUAAAUAUUAUUGACAUCUAUUUAAUAUAAUUUAUAUUUUUUGUCGACCAUUUAACAUAGUCUUUAAAAGAUUUACAUUGUUGUUAAUGUUCAGAAAAAGUCAUGGUCACAGACGGAAGACAAUAUGCUAAAUUUGAAUUCGAUCCAACAUGGAUUCAAUAGUUAUGUUAUGAUUUAUUACAUACCGUUUGUAUAUAUGUUAAGUACUUUUUUUUUGGAUGUGGUUAUCUUUUUUAAACUCUCUUAUUAUAGACUAACUUAUAAUAUAACAUAUCUGAAAAAAAUUGAGUACAUGAUUUUGCAAUUUAACAUAUGUAAAUUGAAAUCUAAUUAUUUCUUACCUUUAUAAUAUUGAUCAUAAUGACAUAGUUAUUUGCGUGAAAGAUUGACUCAUGGCGGUAUCACUCUAGAGACAAUUUAACAAAUUAAAUCACUUGAAAUUUGAUAUACCAUAUUAAUUAACUUUAUACUAAUACACAUACUUGAUAUAAACAUAAUAUAACUCUCCAUGAUUUGUAAUAUCAUAUUCUACGUGAUAUACUGGCUGUCAUACAAUAUGUAUGACAAAACACUUAAUAUACAAAUAAUAGAAAGUAGAAACAUCUCUUUAUGAGGAGGCAAAGAAAUGUAAACAUCAAACUAAUUGGAUAGUAAAUAUGAUACAAACAUCUGAAUACUUCAUAUCAACAUGACAACAUGCAUGCAUUAUUUAUUGCAUAUAUAUGAUAUAACUGUAAACAUCAAUGUAGAAUGAAAAGUAAAUAAUGUUUAAACGACUACAAAUGUUGAAUAAGAAAACUGUAUUUAUAAAACUAAAAAUCAUAUUUAAACCCGCAAAAGCGUGCAGACCGUCUACCUAGUAUAUAUUUAUUACAUAAAGAAAAUUAUGUAUUUAAUAUUUAUAAAUUCAUUUGAAAAACUAAACAUAUUAUUUCUUAAGGGAAUACAAACUACAUAUUUUAUUAAAUAAAAAUACAAGAUUUGUAAUUAUCUAUGAAGAUUUUGUAAUUAUUUAAUUAAAUAUGUGCUUUUUUAGAUAUGUUAAAUGAUAAAUUUAUAAAUGUAUUGCUACAAUAGUAUAAAUAAAAUUAUACAAGCUUGAAAAUUUUAUAAUACAAAGUCUACAAAAUGCGAAUAAAUAAAAUAGUAGAUUUAAGAAGAUAGAUGAUAAAUUAAAUAUAAAUGUCUACAAUAGCAUGAACUAUAUCUAAAUAGCAUAAAUAAAUUAUUGCUUAGAUCUGAAACUAAGAAAAAAUUAUAUAUACAGUAUAACCAGUUAAAAGAUGGAUUUAAAUGGAACUCUUAAAAUAUGUUAUAUAAGUUGGGGUCCAAAGCAGUUUGCCUUCUCAUAACAAGGUGAACACGACUCUGCUUAGAACUCUUAUACAGUUCUAUACUUACACAUAUAAAGAUUAGGAAGUCGAACUUGGUUGACUUCUAUCAAUAGAUGCCUAGUAUAAGAUAAGCUAUAUCUUAACAUAGGGAGAUAUAUAUAUAACGAUAAAGAGUGUGCAUUGGAACAACAGGUCACAGAUAAGAUUUGACUUUGAAAACCUAUUCUUUAGCACCACGACAAAAUUGAACACACUAUAAAAAAAAAACAAGUCAACUAGAUUCACAAAAUAAAUCUGCAUAACUGGAUGCACGCGACUCUAAACCUUUUUCUUGAUUUUAUACCAAAUUUUUGUUUAUGCAUUCAAGAUCCCUUAAAUCAAGGCAUUGAUUGAACUCUCACGAUACUUCUGCAACUUACUUAUCUGGCAAGCACAUGAUUAUUCUUCAAUAGGCUGCACGCUACAAAGACGUAUUUUUUAAGGUCGUUACAUAAAUCGAUUUGGAAAUAAGUAAGAAGUGGCUUGGGAUCUGGACCAUCUGGUAGUUUACGUCUCCCAAUAAUAAGUCAGUUAUCAAACUGACGCCAUCUUGCUAGGGUCUGUUAGUUAAUGACGUUAAAAGCUCGUUUUUUGUAGUGUACAGUACAAGAGAUAGGUCUUUAAUAACUUGUUUCUUUUCUCACUUAGGUUCUUAUUAACAUAUACAUGCUUGAACAAUCGUAUUAUAUGGUUUUGUGUGUAGGAUUCAAGCUUCGUUUGGCACAUAAUGUUAUUCUUUAAAUUUUAAUUUUUAAAACUUAGUUCUGGAUCCUUAAGAAAAUAAGGGUCAAAGAUACCAAACUUUUGCAUGCUUCCAAAAUUCAAAAUAUUUUUUCCCAUAUAUGUAUAUAACGCAAUCUGAUAUUGUUAAGGUUUAUAUUUUCAAAUGUUUGGGAGUAGAAAAUUGGUCUACCGCUACAGACGUAAUUCACAAGAAAUUAUUUUUCUUAUGUCGUUAAAAUCUCUUUAAGCAUGUUUAUGUUAGCAUGUUUUUUUAACUAAUUGAUGCAUCAUUAAAUAAAUUUAAGUAAUACGACUUUAAAGCUAUAAAGAAUUUUACAAGUUUGAUGGAAGACCAUAUAUGAUUACAAAACCUUGCAGCAUUUAGAUAAUCAUAAUAUGACAUUAAGCUAGCUAGAAAUGAAAACGAAGCAAACAAAGUUUUCAAAGUUGCGGUUACAACGUCUUUUCAAGACAUGGUAUCCUCUCUUUUUAACUGUUUCUCACUUUAUUUCUUGAACCUUUUCGGUCGGUUUAACUGACCACCUUCCACCUCUCGUCAUCAUGUGAGCCGUUUGGUUCACAAUUAUGAGGAUUGUUGGUGGUGUUUAUGUUAGCAUGUUAGUUAAUAUGUUUAGUUAUAUACAAUCUAAUUAGCAUGCUAAUUCAAUAUAUAUAUACAUAUAUAUAUAUAUAAUGUAGUGAUACCUUAUUGUUUUGAAACCCCUGUAGUGAUUUUUUUUUUUGAUAUCCGUGGGGGAUUCUAGGCGUAGGUCCAGACUAAUUCCCACGAGGCUUUCCAUCCGGGCACGCACGGUUAUAGGCGGAAAGGUGGUCAAAACGACUCGAAUCCAUGGCGGGCAUUCUAACUGCAGUUCUAUUAUCACUAGACCAAGAGCUAUUGGUUAAUACUAUUAGUUAUAUUUUCUAUAGUAAUCAUAAUUCUGUUCCAUAUAACCAUAGAAGAAAUAAUUUUAUUUCUACUCUUGCCUCAUCGUGUGGGGUAGUGUGGCAAAUAUGUUUUUGAAGUGAUGUAACGUGAUAUCAAUGAUAUAUUUUUUAUUUAUCUUUGCCAGAAAGAGGAUAUGAAGAAGAAAUCUUUAUAACAUUUGUUAAAUGGUCAAAUCGUUAAGUUUGUUCCCAGUUUUGAUUGCUGACCAAAUAUUUUGUUUUGAAUACUUUACUAUAAAUAUAUAUAUACAUUUUCGUGUUGAAACUACACAGAAAUAUUAAGUCGCACAUCGACCUUUAAUUGUUUUUCUAGAAAAUGGCGAAACUACUAGCUUUCUUUUGCCUCUUCUCCUACAUCAUUGUCUUGUCCUUGUGUUCAGUCUCAGCAGCCAUAGAUGAUAACCAAGACCAACAGGUCUAUGUCGUCUACAUGGGUGCACUUCCGUCUAGCGAGGUCUACACACCAAUGUCCGAUCACAUGAAUAUUCUUCAAGGAAUCACCGGAGAGAGUUCUAACGAAGGUCGUUUGUUGAGAAGUUACAAGAGGAGUUUCAACGGGUUCGCCGCUCGACUCACUCAGUCAGAACGAGAAAGAAUAGCCAAUAAGGAAGGAGUUGUGUCUGUAUUCCCUAAUAAGAAUCUACAGCUCCAAACGACUACCUCUUGGGACUUCAUGGGGUUAAAGAAAGGAAAGGCCACGAACCGGAACCUGGCCGUGGAGAGUAACACCAUUAUUGGAGUCAUCGAUGCUGGGAUCACGCCGGAAUCUGAAAGCUUUUCUGACAAAGGCUUUGGUCCUCCUCCUCAAAAAUGGAAAGGUGUUUGCUCCGGAGGCAAGAACUUCACGUGCAACAACAAGCUGAUUGGUGCAAGGGACUACACAAGCGAAGGAUCUAGGGACACUGUUGGACAUGGUACACAUACAGCGUCCACAAUUGCUGGAAACGCUAUUCAAGACGCAAGCUUUUAUGGACUUGGAAAUGGAACCAUGAGAGGAGGCGUUCCGGCCUCAAGAAUUGUCAGUUACAAAGUUUGCACCUGGUUAGGGUGUAGCUCCGAUAGUAUAUUGGCUGCCUUUGAUGAUGCGAUUGCAGAUGGUGUAGACAUCAUUAGCAUCUCCGUUAAUAUGGGAUACCCCUCACCUUUUGAAGAGGACCCGGUCGCUAUAGGAUCUUUCCACGCUAUAGCCAAAGGGAUUCUCACUGUGAAUUCAGCCGGUAACAACGGUCCAGAACCGAAAACGCUAGAGAGCGUAGCUCCGUGGAUCCUCACGGUUGCUGCCAGUAACACCAACCGUGCGUUUUUAACGAAAGUUGUUCUCGGUAACGGUAAAACACUUGUUGUACGUCUCAAGAAACCUGUUUUUGAUGAUCUCUAUUAUCUUGUCUUUGUGUCUUUAAAUCCUUUUCUUAAUAUGAAACAGGGAAAGUCAGUGAACACGUUUGGUUUGAAUGGAACAAUGUAUCCUCUUGUAUAUGGAAAAUCUGCUGUUAAUUCGUCUGCAUGCAGCGUGGAAUCGGCAGAGAAAUGUGAAGAAGGGUGUCUUCAAGAAUCCCUAGUGAAAGGAAAAGUUGUGGUUUGCAACUCCACAGAUUCAUACGAAGCUCUUGCAAAUGGAGCUGUUGCAGGCUUAUCUCUCAACCGUACACCAAACGUUGCCUUCGUCACUUCUUUUCCCCUCUCUGCUUUAUCACAAGAAGACUUAAACUCUCUUGUUUCUUACAUUAAGUCCGAAAGUUCUCCACUGGCUACUGUUCUAAGAACGGAGGAAAGUUUUAGUCAGCUAGCUCCAGUCGUUGCUGCCUUUUCUUCUCGUGGUCCAAACACCAUCGCAACUGAUAUUCUCAAGCCGGAUAUAUCAGCACCAGGAGUUGAGAUCCUCGCUGCAUUUUCACCUGAGGUUUCACCAUCCUCAAGUGUAUAUGACACAAGACGUGUGAAGUACUCUGUUCUCUCCGGAACUUCAAUGUCUUGUCCACAUGUUACAGGCGUGGCCGCGUACAUCAGGACGUUUCAUCCUCAAUGGUCUCCUUCCAUGAUCAAAUCCGCCAUUAUGACAACCGCUUGGCCGAUGAAUGCUUCUGAAACUGGCUUUGUAUCAACCGAGUUUGCUUAUGGAGCUGGCCAUGUAGACCCGAUAUCUGCUACUAAUCCUGGACUCGUAUAUGAUUUGACUAAAGCAGACUACACUGCCUUCCUCUGCGGCAUGAAGUACAAUGCAACUACCGUGAAACUCAUAUCCGGUGAAGCCGUCACUUGCAUUGGAGAAACCGCACCAAGAAACCUUAACUAUCCUUCAAUGUCGGCAAAGUUGUCGGGAUCGAAAAGUUUCUUCACCGUGAUUUUCAAAAGAACCGUCACUAACGUGGGUACCCAAAACUCUAUAUACAAAUCAAAAAUUGUUUUAAAUCACGGAUCUAAGCUCAACGUCAAGGUCUUCCCUAGCGCCUUGGUUUUUAAGAAGGUGAACGAGAAGCAGUCAUUCACGGUAAUUGUUACAGGCAGCGCUCUCGACUCAAAACUGCUUUUGUCUGCAAACCUUAUCUGGUCUGAUGGCACUCAUAAUGUGAGAAGCCCCAUUGUUGUUUAUAAAAGUGAGUGAGAAUAUAAAUUAUGUAUAAACAUCAACAUAGUUUAGUUUCAAAACAAAUUUAGUUUACCUAGUAUGUUCUGUAAUUUCUUCAACAUACAAAACACAGUUUUCAAGCAAUGACAAAUAGUAAUAUUUUUAGGAAAAAGAACAAAACACAAUUUUCAAGCAAUGACCAAAACGACUAUUUUCUAAUGGUUUUGCAGCUAUAUGCAUCUAAAUUUUCAACUAGAUCCUUAAAGAAAACUGUAGUGUUUUUUUUUGUCCUUGUUUUGCAAUAACUCCUUGAUGUCUUUAAGAGAUUAAGAAGUGCAUUUAAACCAAAAUAUAAUCUGUUGAUUAAAGUAAAAGAAUAUUUCCAGUCUAUUCGUUAGGAUAUCAUUCGUGUUUACCAAAACAAUAUGCUAUCAAUCAUAUCUUCUUCAAAAUAAGAUUUAAAAUAUUUCAAAAUUCUAUUUAAACAACAAAAUAUCACAAAAUAAACAACUAUUUAAAAAAAAAAUACAUAAAUACAUAAUUAUUACGAAAACUUAAAUACUACAACAACACUAUAGUUUGGUAAAUUUGAUAUGGAAUUUCCAAAAACCCCAAAGUAUUAUCUACAAAAAUUUUGUAUAACCAGAUUUUGUGUAACCAGAAAAAGAGGAUAAAAAUCAGUGGUAGAAUCAACAACUGAAAUGACAAAAAAAUGAAGAUACCCGAUUUUAUCAAGUUUUAACUCGUAAGAUACAAAUUGAAAAUAAAGAGUGACACUUUUACUACAAGAUGCACUAGUUGAUCAUAUAUUUUAGUAUUAUGGAAAUAGUUUUAUAGAUCUAAUAUAGUAUUUUGGUUGUAGUUUAAUAUUUAACUAUAUAUUUCUACGUAAAAUUUUAUAUUUUAGUGUAACCUUUUAUUAGUUAAUAUUAUUGUAAUAUUUUUAUACUUGUGCAAGUUAUUUUUAAAGGUUAUGAUUUAAAUUAAUUAUGACAAUAAAAUACAAAUAAUUUUGAAGUUAAAUUUAGAAUUUUGAUUUUGGAAAAGAAAUUUUUUAAGGGAAAUUGCCACUAAUACCACUUUUCUAAUACCACUUUUCAACUUUACACUAACCAAUUUUACCAUUAAAAUUUUAAUAGGUAAAAUACCACUAUACCCUUAAGUAAUUAAACUUAAAACUAUUCUCAUUCUUCUCCAUGAUUUCUCAGAUUCAACUUUAAUGUCAUCAAAUCCGGCAACGACGAGUUCUCCGGCCAGAUCGGACGACGCUGACGAGUUCUCCGGCCAGAUCCGACGACACUAACGAGUUCUCUGGCCAGAUCGGACGACGCUGACGUGUUCUCCGGCCAGAUCCGACAACAUUGACGAAUUCUCCGGCCAGAUCCGAAGAAGCUGACGAUCUCUGUGACGAAGCUAACAAAGCGUUGAUUCCUCUGAGUGAGUUCUCUGAAGCUUCCGUGAUGAAGAAGUAUGGUUUGAAGCCAGAUGCUGAAACCCUUGACAUUGCCAACACCGCCGCUAGGCAAAAAUCGAAACAUGAGCAGAUUACAGACUUACAGUAGUGAUGAAGAUAUAUUGGGGAGAUCCUCGUGAGAAGAUAUGUGAAGCUGUUGAUCAUAUCCCUCUCUCAAGCCUUGGUGGCCUUGAGUGGAUGAUAAUGGGAAGUGUUAGCAACCAUAUUGUCAACAACGUUGCAUGCCCUGUCACCAUCGUGAAGUCUCACCACUGAGCUUUGCCUUCAUCUUCUUCACAUCAUCUGCUCCGAUAACCUUAAUCAGAAUGACCUGUGGUGUAUUGUGUUUGUUGGUUGUGUCUGAAUUUGUAAUUUUCAAACUCUGGUGUGAUUUGUCAAGCGGAAAGACCGAGAAAAUACAAGUAACUAACAAACACAUACGCAUUAAGGAAGAAACUGACUCCAAUGAUUCAGAGUUCUGGAUGCUUAAGUCAAGUUCUGGUUCAGAGUUAGAGUCAUAGCAGGAGAGUGAUGAAGAAAACUGCAAAGGUUCUCAUUGUGAUGCCAAAGAAUAUGAGGAGCUCUCAGAAAGAACAAAGAGGAUGUCAAUAGAGAUUGGACCAAGUAUGAUCAUUAAGGCAGCGCCACUAUGAUCAUGAGGCUCAAGGCUACUAUUCAGUCUUUGGAAGGGCGGAUGAGUUCUGUUACUGAGAAAAGUGCUAAGUAUGCUCAGAUUGCUGCUGAGGAAGUGCCCAAGAGUCUUUACUGCCUUGGUGUUCGUAUCACUACUGAGUGAUUUUAGAACUCUGAGUUACAGGGGAAGCUUAAGCUCUUUCUCCACUCUUAUGAUCAGUGGAGAGCUUAAGAUGUAUUCUCAUCUCAAGCAGUUUACUUUCCUUUAUCUCAAGUUAGCUACUAGAAAUUUCAGACCCGAAAGUCUUCUCGGAGAAAGUGGCUUUGGUUGCGUCUUUAAAGGAUGGAUGGAGGAGAACGGAACUGCGCCUGUUAAGCCUGGCACUGGCCUUACUGUCGCUGUCAAAACCUUGAAUCUUGAUGGCCUUCAGGGUCAUAAAGAGUGGCUUGUAUGAUCCUUAAAAACACUUCUAAAUUGAUUUAUAAACUCUUAUAAAUUGUGUAAUGAAGAUUAUUUAAUUUUUAUAAUCUUUUGAAUAAACCCUUAUAAAUAGAUUUAUAUUUCAUA